AUUUAACGGAGGGGUAGUUGCUGGAAAACAAGCAAAACACCAGAAACUUUUCUAAUCGAGCUUGCCCUGUUCGCUGUUGCCCUUCUCUCUUUGUUUUCUUCACCAAACUAAACCCACCCAGAAAGUAGCGAAGGGUAAGCUGUCCGGAGCUUGGAUCUAUGGAGGAUUCGUAAACUUUGGUCUCCCACUUCCCUUCAGACGAAUUCAUUCGUUGAUGUUCGGCCUGGAUGCAAGGUGUUGUCACUUAUAAAGUUUGCAGUUAGUUAUGUGUUAAAUUCUGCUGUUGGUGGUCAUUGGUAGCUGUGGGUAAUGGAUGAGAAUUUUGAAAUGGAUGCAGACAGAUUUAGUCCCUUAGGAGGGGUGGGGUGUGAUGAUAUUGGUACGUUGAUGGAGAUAUGUGUAGAUGAUAAUGAAAAUGAAGGCAAUAUUACUUUGGAUGAAGAGAACUUGGAUAAUAUAUCCCUCUCACAGACCGUUGAAUACAAUUCUCCUUUACCAUGUAUCAAUGACAACUCUUGUAGUCAAAACCAUCAAGGUUCCCCAGUUGAGAGUGUAGAGACCUUAAAUACAACAGUGUCAACAAAUGAUGUGAUUGAAGGCACCUCUAUUGAACCUCCAAAGGUCGGAAUGGUUUUUAAAGGAUGGAAGGAUAUUGAGUGUUAUUACAAACUAUAUGCUGAGGAGUGUGGCUUUGGGGUUAGCCGGGUUCAAGGAUCAUAUACUACUAGUAAAGAGAGAAGGGGAAUCACUUGGAAGUGUGAAUGUUAUGGUGCACCGGAUAUGAGGGCGAAGCGAGAGGCUAAGAAAAGGGCGAAGCAAAUGGAUGUUGGCGGUUGUGGAGGAAAUGUGAAUGGUGUAAUAGGGGAGGCAGAGCUAUCACGUGGGAAAAGGAAAUCUAAAAUAUGUUAUUGUAAAGCUAGGGUAUAUGGAAGUGUGAAUCGUGAAGGGCUUUGGGUGUUGCAAAGAGUGGAGUUGGAGCAUAAUCAUGAUCUGUGUCCAAGUAUGGCAAAUUUAGUGAAAGAGUACCGUAUGAAGAAGAUGACCUCCACUGUUCGCAAGCGGUUGGUGAAUUAUUAUGAGGUGGGUGUACCUGUGAGUGUAUUACGUCGAUGUUUAGGCACGGAAAAUCCUAAUUUGCCUAAUGUGAAGGAUAUGCAGCAUGAGGUUUACAAACAACGGCGGCUUAAGAUGGCCGGUGGAGAUGCUCAAGCCAUGAUGGCUUACUUUGAUUCCAUGCAAGCCGAUAAUCAGAAUUUUUACCAUGCACAUAGGUUGGACGAUAAAGGUCGUUUAAAGGACGUCAUGUGGGUUGAUGCUCGAAGCCGUGUAGCUUAUGAAGACUUCGGUGACGUCGUUUGCUUUGAUGCCACGUAUCUGACAAAUGAGUAUGAGCUACCAUUUGCUAAUUUUGUAGGAGUCAAUCACCAUGGCCAGUCGAUCUUAUUAGGUUGUGCCCUAGUUUCUCAUGAAGAUUGUGAUACUUUUCGAUGGUUAUUUAAACAAUGGUUGUUGUGCAUGGGCAAUAAAACCCCUCUUGCCAUCCUAACUGACCAAGCCCCUGCUAUGAGGAAGCCAUUAGUUGAAGUCAUGCCUAAUACACGCCAUCGAUGGUGCAUGUGGCAUAUUCUCCGGAAAUUUCCUGACAAACUUGGGAGGUGUGCCAUGUACAAUGAUUUCAAGAGCCCGUUGAAGAAUAUUGUUUACGAUAGUUUCACUACCGUAGAAUUCCAGACCCGAUGGUGUGAAGCAAUGAAGAAGUAUGGUUUGGAGGACAAUGAAUGGCUUCAAGAAUUGUUUGUAGAGCGGCACAUGUGGGUGCCAGCUUGGAUGAAAGAGUUCUUUUGGGCCGGUAUGAAAACUACGCAGAGGGUUGAGAGCAUCAACAGGUUUUUUGAUGGGUUUGUCACCCGUAAAACAAGGUUGUGCGAGUUCCCCGAAAAGUACUCAGCUGCAAUGAAGAAGAGGGUUGGUGAUGAGACCGAUGCAGAUGCAAGGGAUGCAAAAUACAUAAGACGGCUUGUGAGUGGGUUCAGAGCAGAGAGAUACUUCCAACAAAUUUACACUGAUGCGAAGUUCCAAGAAGUGCAAAGAGAAUGUGCUAGAAUGUUGUACGUAGUUCCUAAAUCUGAGACUGUGAUAAGUGACGUUGAAAUUCAGUAUCUGCUUUCAGAUCGAGUAUGGAUUGUUCCGGAAGGAUCAAAUGAAGAAAUAAUCACUGAUUAUCGGAGGUUGUACUCUCUGGUAUUUAAUCCCGUUACCAAAGACAUAACAUGUGAUUGCAGGAAAUUUGAAAAGGAUGGGAUUCUUUGCAAGCAUAUCAUUAGAGUUUUUGAUGAAAAUUUGGUGAAUGAAAUACCAUCGAAAUAUGUACUUGAUCGGUGGCGCAAAGAUGUGAUGCGGAGGCACACACGUGUAAAAGUGGCAUAUCAUGACCCGAGUCAAACCGCGGAAUGCAUUCGCUACAACAAGCUGUUUCCUGACCUCGAGGCCUUGUGUGAUGAAGCUUCCAAUGUAGAUGAGGAUACAAUUGUGGCUGUUAGAGAAGCAGUUCUCAAAUUGCGCACCGAAGUCAGAGUACGUCGUGCACUUCACUUGGAGAAAAAUAUUCCGGAAGUGGUACCUAGUAACAUGGAUCCUUGCUCUCAUAAAGGAUCAUCAAAUCAGCCCCCUGAAGCUGGAGGUACUCCAAUGUCUAAGCCAUGCAAUGUAUCGGACACCGGAACAAAUCCCAACAAUGCACAAAACGAAGCUUCAACCAGCUCAAGAUUUGUUGUCCGAGAUCCAAUUACUCAAAAGAGGCCUCAUGGUCGGCCUAAGGGCUCUAGGAACAAGACACGGGCUGAGCUAGGAUACAAUACAUGAAAAGCAAAGGCAUCAAAAAAGAAAGCUCCAGCAGAGGGUGCUGAUGUUACAGGCGCAGCUACUAAGUUGCCGGUGAAAAGGAAGAAAAAGGACAACCCAUACACCGAGUUCCUAGAGCCAACAACAGAGCCAGAUGGCUGGUGUGAAGAUUUUGAGGCGAACAUGUCAGGUGAAGGAUGGUCGAUGCAGUUUGAUAUGUGAUGAGAAACUUUAGGUGACGAGAACUAUUGUGAUGAGAAACUUUUGGUGAUUCAUUUGCAUUCUGAUUCAUUCAGAUAUUUAUGGCUUGAUGUAAUUCAUCCUAUUUAGAUUGAGAUUAAGGAAUUAUGAUUAGGGAAUUAUGAUUACAGUAUGACCUUUUGUAUAAUUAGUAAGCAUUUUAGUGUCGUAUUUUGUAGUCACCAAUCCUGGUAACAAGGUUACCGAAAUUGGGGUCCUAAUCUGAAUGAUUGCCUGUCAUGUGUAAUUUGAACAUGCUUAAUGUUAAGUGUAAAAUUGGUCUAUGUCUCUA